AUUGGCCCUGACAGGCUCCUGCGGGUGAAAACCGUGAAAACAUGGCUGCUGAUUUUUUUUCUCUAUUUUGUGUGGAUAUUGUUUGAAGUGUAUUUUUUGUUUACAUGUUAAAUUCUAAACCUGCAAGCUUUCCUGUUAGUUUUUGAGGGAAAUCAGAAAAAACGUGUUGGAUUUCGAACAAUGUGAAAUAAUGUACUGCGUUUUCUCUGUUUUAAACAUAUGUGAAAGUCAUUACAAUGUCUCGUAAAGCGCUUUUUUCGUCGACUGAAAUAAAACAUGAACCCAAAAGGCAAACGAGUCUGAUGAGCUUCAUAACUCAAAAAAAAUUAGAUGCAGAUUAUCUCUCAUGUAACCACAUUGCUCCAGUUAGUUCAACAAUUAGUAAGGAGGAUCACCCAGACAGUAGCAACAAGAUAAAAACAUCUGAUAACUACUUCGAAACAACAGACGAGGAUGCUAAACUUCGUUCACCCAGUGUAUUUAAACGCAAGUUUCCUAAGACUAAACAAUCCAAUACAAUUGAAAUUUUAUCAAGUGAUUCAGACAUAUCACCAGAAAAACUGAAAAAUAAGGUUUCACUUGAAAAGCACAAGGUGAAAAAUGAGCCAGAAAGCGUAACGACAAGUGAGAAGGUAGAUGAAUACGACAUGCUAAUUUCAAAAUAUUGUACCCAAGCAGCAGCCGCAUCUUUGCAGUUGGAACUUAAUCUUGAGAAUGACUCGAACUACCAAAAAGCAACUAAAAAAUUGAACGAGAACCUGGCUAAGAUAAGUCCUCAAAAAACCUGCAUUCCAAAGAGUGACAAUAAAAAAUCAUCUAAGUUUGAGUAUAAAGUGCCCAAAGCCUCACUUCUGUCAAGCUUGAGUGAGCCUUUGAAUAAAACUAUCGAUCUAAAUGUGCCUUCUCCUGCUUCAAGUAUAAUUGAUAAACCAACGCUUGAUGAAUCAGAAAUUGUCAGCUCCACACCGAAAAGAGCGCCAAUUUUAAGCCUCAAACAAAAAAGUAUACUGAGCACUGCCAAUGACAACAUAAAGCACCAGGAACAGCAAUCAUCGGUCAGUAUGAAUAAUGGACAAAAAAUUCAGCUUAAAAAAGCAUUAACAUCUAAAGAUACUGUAAAGAGCACUUUUUCAAAGAAUGAAUUAAAACAUAAUUCAACCGGCGUAUUCCAAUCUUUACCAACGGAAAGCACAUCCGGUGCAUUAGAUCGUUUAUUGAGUCCUUCCAAAUAUCCGUCAAUAAAAUUUGACCCUACACUAAAUGAUAAAAUGGUAGAAAUACUGAACAAUCCACGUUUUAAAACAACUGAAGUUUCUGAAACCGAGCUAAAAAAUACUUGUCGAUAUUUACACGAAACUAACCAGCUACUGCUGGAAAAGUUCUAUAAUAUUUUUGCGCAGCUGCCAGAGCAAUUCUUCAGUCUCAUAGAAGGAUUUCAACUGGACACCUAUAGUAAACUUAAAUCAUUGAUUGAGAAUACUCGAGGCAAGAUAAAAGUAAACGAAAAGGCUUUGGAAAAUUUCCAAAAGCUCAAAGUAUCUUCAUCUAGAUCUCAUAAAACCUGCACUGAAACUAUAAGAACUGGCAAAUUGUCUUACAGCCCCGUUGAUAAUGAUGUUGAAAACAAUAUUGUUAAUGGCUCUUCGUCUCUCAAACAAUCUAACGAAACUCCGUUGAGAACAAGCGGAUUUGUAUUUAAGAAGCCAAUGUUUAAUACGAAUCUCAACAAGCAGGAAGAAAAUAAAUCGAUUGAGUUAGACGCCCCAAGGGAAGACAGCGAGGAAGAGGAAGACAUUGAGAGCAUUAUGGAACGAAUACGGGAAGCAGAGUUAAUCAAUAAUGGCCGUGCCAACCAACAGAACAUAAGCACCAUUAACUUAGCGACACCGGAAAGCUCAUGUAAACCAACCUCAGAACCUCGAAUUACAUUCAGUGCUAAAGAAACGUGCCUUCGGAACACGCAGUUUAUAGAAAACGUAGAAACACAGGUUGACGAUGACGGUUGGCAGGUUUACGAUCCGUCUCAGUUUGACGAUCCAGAAUCAAUUGUUAUCGCUGAUGCUUCCGAGAGAUUCGAAAGUGCCGCCAGUUUUCACCAGAAAAACAAUCAGCUCAGAGAUGCUUCGUUAGGACAGCUUCUCAAAGAUGUUGGUGAAAGUCAAAUUGAACGUUCAACCGGUAAGGAUAAAAGUCAGCAGAAGCCACAGCCCCUGGGAAAUUUUCAUUCGGGAGUUCGUAAUGAUGGUACAACUGGGGAGUUCGAUGGUAUGAGCUACCCGCAUUCUAAUCGUCUUCAAAUAGCCUUCCGAGAAACGUUUGGGCUACGUUCGUUUCGCCCCAAUCAGUUACAAGUUAUCAACGCAACCUUGUUGGGAAACGAUUGUUUUGUUUUGAUGCCAACUGGAGGCGGAAAAUCGCUGUGCUAUCAAUUACCAGCUCUGUUAACUGAAGGUGUAACUAUUGUAGUGAGUCCUCUGAAAUCACUGAUUCUGGAUCAAGUAAACAAGCUUAGCUCACUCGAUAUACCUGCAGCUCAUCUAUCCGGCGAUGUUUCGUAUGCUGAUCAACAGAAAAUUUACAAUGAUUUGCAGUCGCCUCAACCAAUACUCAAAUUACUGUACGUCACACCGGAAAAAAUAUCCUCUUCAGCUCGGUUUCAGAACAUUCUCACAGGUUUAUACCGUAUGAAGAAGUUGGGCAGAUUCGUCAUAGAUGAAGCGCACUGUGUAUCUGCUUGGGGGCAUGACUUUCGCCCCGACUAUAAAAAGUUAGCAGUUUUGCGUCAGCAAUUUCCUUCUGUUCCUAUUAUGGCAUUGACGGCAACAGCGAAUCCGCGCGUACGGAUAGAUGUACUCAAACAACUAAAUCUGACUCGAAAUACUAAAUGGUUCUUGUGUAGCUUCAAUCGACCCAAUUUGAAAUAUAUCAUUCGGCCAAAACAAGGAGUUGCCACCAAGACCGAAAUUAUCGAACUGAUCAAAAAGAAGUUUCCCCGUUCGACUGGUAUUAUCUACUGUCUUUCCAAGAAAGAUUGCGAUCAACUGUCCACGGAAUUGCGCCAAUCGGGUAUAAAAGCGAAAAGCUACCACGCGGGUUUGUCAGACACGGUGCGCGAAUCGACGCAAAAAGAUUGGAUAACGGAUAAAAUUAAAGUAGUCUGUGCUACAAUCGCUUUCGGCAUGGGAAUCGAUAAGCCAGAUGUACGUUACGUAAUCCAUCACUCGAUGCCAAAAAGUAUUGAAGGAUACUAUCAAGAAGCCGGUAGAGCAGGUCGAGAUGGGGAGAUUGCAACAUGUGUCUUAUUUUACAAUUAUUCAGAUAUGCUGCGUUAUAGGAAAAUGAUGGACCACGACAGUACGAUCCCAUUUGACGCCAAACAAGUUCACUUACAUAAUUUAUUCCGGAUGGUGAAUUAUUGCGAAAAUGUAACCGAUUGUCGACGAACACAACAGUUGGAUUAUUUUGCGGAGCAUUUUACUCGGGAGCAGUGUCUUGAAAAUCGGACGUCAGCCUGUGACAACUGCCUCAUGCAAGGUGAAUACAAGACAGUUGACGUAACGGAUGACUGCAUCGCUAUUGGGAAGUGCGUGCGAGAUCUAUGUGCGGGAAGAAAUCGUUUUACGCUCCUGCAUUUAGUCGAAGUUUUUAAAGGUAGUGAGCAGAAAAAGAUUAUUGAAAAUAAUCAUCAUCGGACGCCGUAUCACGGUCGAUUAAAGAGCUGGGAUCGAAGUGAUAUUCAACGAUUGAUGCACAAAUUAGUAAUUGAAGACUAUCUCAAAGAGGACCUUAUAUUUUGCAACGACAUCCCACAGGCAUACAUAAAGAUAGGUGGUAAAAUUGAAAAACUCAUGAACCGUGAGAUACGAGUUAACUUCUCAGUCAAAGAAAAAGUUACAAACAAACGAGUUCAACAAAUUGACAUCGGCAACGAUACUAAACGUGAUAAUCAAAGCAAUGCACAACGCCAAGAGCUGCAAGAGCGCUGCUACAAUGAUCUGCUCGAUAUUUGUCGAUCAUUGGCUGCAGAGAAAAAUGUUACCCUGGCUUCGGUCAUGAAUAUGCAAGCACUUAAAGCUAUGUCAGAGCGACUUCCAGAAACUCAAGCUGAAAUGCUGGCAUUGCCGCAUGUUACAAAAGCUAACUUUGAAAAGUAUGGUCAGCAGCUACUGGAAAUCACUCAAAAUUAUGCUGCCGAGAAGCUUUGCCUUAUGUUAGAUUCUGAUUGUAAAGCAAACAACUCAGAAGAUGAAUGUGACGGAAGCUCAAGCGACGAUGUUACGGAUUGGGGUCGCUUAGCACGAGAAGCAUCAACCGGUGGAGAUUUUGCUGGUCCAAGUGGUAAACGAAAGCGAAGUUGGGGUUCAGGCAGUCGAGGUAAAAAACGGUUUCGAAGUCGUACGAAAUCUAAAACAGCACCGCGUGGAAAAGCGGCUGCGACUCGUGGGGGGAAGGUGACUAAACGAGGAUCUGGCGCCACUUCAAGUCGCGGUGCUCGAGCAGGUGCUGCAGGAUUCGGCUUACUACCUUUGCCUGGCAACAGGUAGUUUUUUCUGUUUUCUAAGUUAACUGUAAUGUUUAAUUUUUAUUAUUUGUGAAGCGCUCUAAAAUACUUUUUUAUCAUUGUUGA